UCGACAGCUGAUAGAGAACCUACCUAUUCGAAUAACACAGAGUGUCACUUUAUUACUGUAAAUGCAGUACCUUACUCAUUCCAACAAUGCUACAUGCUUGAAUUGACAUUGAUAUUGAUUUCAUUUGUACAAAAACAAUUCCACGAAAAAUUAUACCUUAACAAGAAUAGAAUUUUUUUUUUGUUUGCUUGAGUGAAUCUAAACGUUUGCAUAAUUAUUUUUAUUGUUUAUUUUUGUCUCUGUAAAAUCAUUUCCAUUAAAAGUGUUUUUAAUUGAUCUGUCAUUACAUCAAUUCAAAUUGAAAUUGAAAGGUCUACAAAACAAAAUGAGUUCGAAAAAAGUAGUACAAAAAUUCCAUAUAAAAAUAAAUAUCAGAAAAAAAACACACAAACGAAAGCUUUUCUUUUAUGAUGAAAAUGCAAAUGAUAUCACCGAAGAAGUCGAAAAAGAAGAACCUUCUCAAAAUAUCGUUGGUGUACCCGAAGACGAAAUCGCUGUUGUACAUUCAGAAGCUGAAAAUUCAUCAAUAAUUAUUACCAUCAACGAUGACAGCGGCUGUUUUUCAUCCGAUACAAGUUUAAAAGCAGAAGAAGCUGCUCCUCAACGUAAAUCAAAACGACUACUCGUUACCCAAAGGACAGGGAUCGAUGAAAGUUUCUGGGAUAUAAAUGACAGCAAUCAAGAAGGCUUCAUUGCAAUUUAUGUUAAGAAAAGUCUGCCCGAAUCUUCAAAACAACAACCACAACCACCAUUACCAACAGCACCAACACAACACUUUGUUACAAUUGGAAGGUCUGAAGAAUUACCACAAGAAUUGGAAACGGUGUCAGUCCAGGUGGGAGCUGAAUUUUCCUUGAGGACUACUCUGGGCAAUGGCAGAAGGAAGAAAAGAGUUAUUAUUCAACGUAAGAAUGAAUGGAGGAAAUUUAAUUUUAGACAUUAAUCAAUUGUGUUAGGUCGUUUUUUUUUUUUUUUU